GUGUCCCACCCAGACCUCGCACUCAGCCAGAUGAUGGAUCCAAGAAGACCCGGUCAGCAGUCGGAGUUCCCACCCAUCAGCCAGGAGGAUGCAGCCUUCAACCUCGUCAUCUUGUGCCUUACAGAGGCACUCAGCCUGGGAGGGCUGCUGGGGAACAGAGCGGUCCUGGGCCUGCUGGGUUCUGAUGUGUACCAGAACCCCUCUGCCAUCUACCUUCUGGGUGUGGCCUGCACUGACCUCCUCUUCCUCAGCUGCCAUGUGGUUGCCAUCGUCCCCGACCUGGUGCAGGGCCACCUGGCCAUCCCCGACUUCAUGCAGACCAGCCUGGCCUCCCUGCAGUGGUCCUGUUACCUGGUGGGCCUGGGUCUCCUGGCAGCUGUCAGCAUGGAGCAGUGUCUGUCUGCCUUCUUCCCGACCUGGCACCCCUGCCGGCACCCGCGCUGCCUGACCACUUGCGUAAGCACACUGACCGGGGCCCUCGGCCUGCUGCUCCACCUGCUUCUCAGCUGCGCCUGCACGCAGCUGUCGGGUAAGCCCAGCGCGUCCCUGUGCCCGGCGCUGUGGCUGCUCACGGCCACGCUGUUUGGCGUCCUGUCUGUGGCAGCCAGCGUGUGCGGCCUGGUGCCGCUUCUGUGGAGGGAGCGCGGAGCCCAUAGGCACCAGCCCUGCGGGUUCCCCACCUUCGUCCUGCUCUCGGUCCUUCUCUCCUUCUUCUGUGGGCUGCCCUUCGGGGUCUACUGGCUGUCCCAGAGCCUGCACUGGCACGUCCCCCCCCACUUCUACCACCUAAGCCUCCUCAUGGCUGUGGUGGACAGAGCCGCCAAGCCCAUGAUCUUCUUCUGCCUCCCCUACCAGACUCUCCCCUACCAGACCCUACCCUACAAGGCCCUCGCCUACCAGACCCUCCCUCAUGAGACCGUCCCCUACAAGGCCCUCCCUCAUGAGACCCUCCCCUACAAGGCCCUCCCUCAUCAGACCCUCACCUACAAGGCCCUCCCCCAUGAGACCUGCCCUUACCAGACUCUCCCACAUGAGACCCUUCCCUAUGAGGCCCUCCCCCUCAAGACCCUCCCUUUCGAGACCCUCCCCGACAAGGCCCUCCCUUUUGAGACCCUCCCCUACGAGGCCCUCCCCAAUGAGGCCUUGCCCUAUGAGACCCUCCCCCAUGAAACCUUCCCCUACAAGGUCCUCCCCUUUGAGACCUUCCCCUGUGAGGUCCUCCCCUGCGAGACCCUUCCCUAUCAGAUCCUACCCUGCGAGGCCCUCCCCUAUGAGACCCUCCACUUUGAAGCCCUCCCCUAUGAGACCCUCCCCCAUGAGACCCUCCGCCAUGAGGCCCUCCCCUGUGAGACCCUCCCCUUUGAAGCCCUCCCCUAUGAGGCCCUCCCCCAUAAGACCCUCCCCUACAAGAUCUUCCCCUGA